CAUGAGCAACGAAUUGAGCGCGGCGAUCUUGAGGCAAACCCUCGCGCUCGUCAAAGCCAACGGUGGUCAAUUCACACCGGAACAUGGGGAACUACUAGCGACGAUAUAUUCAGACGAAGCAGAAAUGGCCCUCCUGCAGGCGGCAUCCGAACUCGUGGAAAAGAACGGAGUGGUCUGUAUGACCGCAAUUCCAAGUGGCCGGUCGUUCGUCCGCGUGUCGUCGCAGUCGCACCAAGGAUCGAGCGGAAAACCGUCGUUCUAUAUCUGCUUUCCCCAUUAUUGCUCUUGUGCAGCAUUCCUUCACACGGCAGUGCACAGCAAGUCCAUCAUGUGCAAACAUAUUCUUGCCGCUCUCCUCGCCGAUUCAAUAGGAAAAGUCCACGUUGAAUCCGUCCUCGAUGCUGCGUAUGCUGACUUGCUUUGCCCGUUGCUGUCCGAGUGAUCCAACGUCGGCAAUAUGGCGGAGAUCGAUCUCGCUCAAUAUAUUUAUCCUCGA